AUGUUCACCGGCAGCGAGGCCGUGUUCGCCUCCCCCGACGACUGCUCAUCCUGCCACAUAGUUUAUUAUCGGUUAGGUAUUUCUGUUCAGGCGUCAGAAAUUGAGAUGGAGAAUAAAAAAUUCGAGCUGCUCAAAGUUGUUACCAAACCUCAACGGGGCCCAAUUGCUACUCCAUACCAACGUUCUUCAAUCAAGAUAGCCUUGGUGAGCUGUGAGUGUUUGGAUGCAGGGAAGCCGAUUGACCUGGGUGUGUUUUUGAUCAAAUAUUUGAAAAUUUUGAAUGCGCGGGCCAACCCGACGGAGGUAUUGUUCGCAAUGUGGUCAGAUGGAGCAUGCGAAGGCUGCUUGAGGUGGUGGAACAAGCCAGUGGGCUCCCACGUCGGUAACGUUGUAGACGAGCUUCAGGGCCUUCAACGGGUCAUGCUCCCACGCGAACUUCAGGCGCUCGGUCAGGGUCUCGGACAGCGUGUCGGGGAUGACGUGGAAGAAGAAAUCAAGACAGGGAUUCCCCUUCAGAGGAAGGUCGGCGAGAAAUUAUCCUUCUUGACGGUGGCCUUCGCCCAGGUGGCGGUACCGCGAACACCACCGACGACCGGCAGCGUAGUGUGGAAUCGGCAAAGGAGCAGCGCGGCUGCUCGGCCUAGAGGUGGCGUGAAAGAGGUGACGGCCGAGAGAUCCCCCGCCCACAAAGGCGGAGAAGAAACGACUGAUUGCCUUAGGUUUCGAGGGCUCGGCCAACAAGAUCGGCGUCGGGGUGGUGACUCUGGACGGCACCAUUCUUUCCAAUCCACGCCAUACUUACAUAACACCGCCGGGGCAAGGCUUUCUCCCCAGGGAAACCGCCCAUCACCACCUCCACAUCUGCUACCGCUCGUAAAUUUGGCGCUGCAGGAGGCCAACAUCACUCCAGAACAAGAACAAGUUGACUGCCUCUGCUACACAAAAGGUCCUGGCAUGGGCGGGCGCCCCACUUCAGGAGAUUAUGUUCAGAAUGCCAACUUGGAUCUGGGAGUGCAAAAUACGGGAUUUACCGUAUCGCGGAUAGAAGUGGAUCUUCUGCCCUUUGGAGUGAUCUCAAAUCACAACCAGAUUGCCGUUGAAGACUGGAGGAGGAGAACUUUGAUAGAUAAGAUGCUUCAGUCUUUGUUACAGGGCCAACAGAAUUUGGUGCACGCCAGCAAAAUUUGCUUCAGGGCCAAAAAAUUUGAUACAGGUACUUCAGGCCAUCAGGGUAUUCAGCAGGGCCAAAAUUUGGCCAAUCAAAGGAUCGAAUCAUUGCGCCGAGUCAUAUCUGCGAGGUCUUAAAAUCAACACAUCAGGAGAGAGAUGAAUGAACCCUUUGCGCUCUUACCAAAAUUGUCUCCCGGGCAUCUAUAUCCGCAACCACUACGCGAGAUGAACAUUAAUGUGGGACUAUCAAGUGAGUGAUAUGCCCUUAAUGGAAUGUUGCCUGCAAACAAUAAUGGGUUUGCAGCAACGCAGAGGCUAACCCUACCUAAUUUGAGAAGAAAAUUGAGAGCCAUUUAUUAGUUUUAUAAUGACGUCCGUCUGGACAUCCACCACAAUGCCUCACGGCAUAGGUGCCGUUGCUCAGACGGGCGUCAUUAUAAAACCAAUAAAUGGCUCUCAGUUUUCUCUUCAAAUUAGGCAGAGUUAGCCUCUGCUGCAAACUCAUUAUUGUUUGCAGGCAACAGUCCAUUCAUUAGGGGCAUAUCAGUCAUUUGAUAGGCCCAUAUUAAUGUUCACCCCUUGGACGGGUAGUGGCUGCGGAUAUGGAUGCCCAGAAGACAAUUUUGGCAAGAGUGUUCAUUCAUCUCGUCUCUUCUCUUGAUGUGUUGAUUUCGAGACCUCCCAGAUAUGACUCGAAACAAUGAAUCGAUCCUUUCAUUGGCCAAAUUUUGGCCUUGCUGGAGACCCUUGAGUGUAGCCUGAUGGCCCUGAAAUACCUGUAUCAAAUUCUGUUGGCCAUGUAUCAAAGCCUGUUAGCCCUGAAGCAAAUUCUGUUGGUCCUGUACCAAAGACUGAAGCAUCUGCAUCACAGCCGGGGAGAGUGCAGCCACCCCAUUUACUCUGCUGAGGACCUCAUGGUACCUCAAUUCCUUUUCUACCGCAUCCAAAUCAUUCAUAUGUGGAACCUUAUCUAUCAAGGUUCUCCUCCUUCGAUCUUCAGCGGCAAUCUGGUUGUGAGUUGGGAUCACUGCAAAGGGUAGAUGAUCUACAUCUAUCCCCGAUACGGUAAAUCCCGCAUUUUGCACUCACAGAUCCAAGUUGGCAUUCUGAACCACAUAAUGUCCUAAUCCCGGUAAACCAUGAUUGUAAUUGGUAAUGGGAUUUGAUAGCAACGAAAAUUUAGGGUUUUCAGGUAUUUUCGCCUUUUAGGAGAUGGUGGUUUUAAUCUGAGCCCUCUCGCAAUGAAGAUGAAGGAGAGACUUGGAGUGGACUAGGCCUGAUUUAAUCAAUAAAUGGGCCAACUAGUGUGGAUUGGGGAGUUGGUUUCUAUUUUGUUACAUCUUUUAAGGGUCCAAACCAUACCAAGAACACAAAUUAGGAAAUUAUGCUCUUCAACUACAUAUUUCUUAGUAUUUACGUGGUUAUGAAGUUUUUAAUUGAUGUAUUUUUUCUUUUUGUUGAUUCGUUUAUGAAUGAUUUAUUACGAUUUUAUUUUAAAUUACGUACUUUUGUAAAAAUUUUCAAAAAAUGUAGUAAAUAUGUAAAAGAAGGAUAAAAAAAAUAAAUGAUUAAUUCCACAAAACAAAAUACUUAUACUGAUUCAUAAUAUCUUAUCCGGAAAUUGACUGUCUUAGAUUGGGACUUGUAAUCCUAAAAUGUGGAGGCACAUAGAAAUGAAUCAAUAAGGAAUUGGAGCCACAUAUAAGAGAAAUUUGGGUAAUUUGAGGUAAAAUUAUUGUUAUCAAUGAGCAAUUUAUUAACUCUUUUCAUAUGAAACAAAGUAGAUAAGCCCACGAGGAAAAAAAUUCGUUCCCAUGGAUUACAAAAUCAAUUGUUGCUGUUAAUCACAACUUUGGAAGAAACCAAUUGUUGCUGUUAAUCAUUGUGUGGCGCAUAUUGAGAUGGGGAGAAUUGUGACCGGGGCUGAUGAUCCAGUUGUGUUGUAUGUGAGACUCAGGUUAUCGCGUAUAGUGAGGGGCGUUACCGUAUUUUUGGGGAGAGAAUAGAUAUUGCAGUUGGAAAUUGCUUGGAUAGAUUUGCUAGGGUUCUCACGCUGUCAAAUGAUCCCAGCCCUGGAUACAACAUUGAGCAGCUGGCGAAGAAAGGAGAGAAAUUUAUAGAUCUCCCAUAUGUUGUCAAGGGAAUGGAUGUUUCUUUUAGUGGGAUUUUGAGCUACAUCGAAGCCACCGCCAAUGAGAAGCUUAAAAAUAACGAAUGCACUCCUGCAGACUUGUGUUAUUCACUUCAGGAAACCUUGUUUGCAAUGCUCGUGGAAAUCACUGAACGAGCCAUGGAUCAUUGUGACACGAAGGAUGUGUUAAUUGUUGGCGGUGUGGGUUGUAACGAGCGCUUACAGGAGAUGAUGCGAAUUAUGUGUGCUGAAAGGGGUGGGAAAUUAUUUGCUACUGAUGAUAGGUACUGCAUUGACAAUGGGGCAAUGAUUGUUUAUACUGGCUUGCUUGCGUAUGCUCACGGCAUAACUCCUCUCGAGGAAUCUACUUUUACUCAAAGGUUCAGAACAGAUGAGGUGUUGGCAGUUUGGAGAGGGAAGGAACAUUCAUUUGCCGAUGAUUUUGAAACAAAGAGCAGCUAAGGAGGCUAGUCUUCAUGUUUGCAUUGUCCCAGAGAAGAUUGUUGUGCACUUUUCAUGUAUUGGAUAUUUGUUUGAACAGAAAUUCUUGUAUGGUAUUGUUACUUACUAUUGUUUUCUUGCGCAAAUUCUAGUGAGACGAGAUAUCCAUUUUUUAUUCAAGACGAUCAGUCCAAUUAGCUCUGAG